CAAACCCUUCAGCUCUCAGCAAUCCCUGCUUCACCUCUUCAUCACAGGAUCACCUCCUCCUCCAGCUCUCCUCCAGUAUGGCAGCUCUGGGUCUCCAGUCCGUGUUUCUGCUGGUCUUACUGGCUGUGUCGUGGCCGGGCACUCAGUCCGUCCCCUCUCCUCAGCACCUGUGCGGUUCUCACCUGGUCGACGCCCUUUACCUGGUCUGCGGGGAGCGAGGCUUCUUCUACAACCCCAAGAGAUCCGCCGACACUCUGAUGGGUUUCCUCCCUCAGAGUGCAGGUGGAGCGGCAACAGCGGGCGGCGAGAACGAGGUGGCGGAGUACGCCUUUAAGGACCUGCCCUUCAAGGACCAGAUGGAGAUGAUGGUUAAGCGCGGCAUUGUGGAGCAGUGCUGCCACAGACCCUGCAACCUCUUCGACCUGCAGAACUACUGUAACUAAGGCCUGGCUUUGUAUAGCCUCGCUUAGCUUCUUGGCUAGCAUAGUCUACACCCCCUCCUCCCGCUUCAGAAGAGGCAGUGCUGUCCUCUCUCUGAAAACCAAUUGCUGUUAAAUGAAUUGCAGAGAAAUGGAUGAAAUUAUUUUUUCCUAAGAAAUAAAGUUUCAUGAAUUGAGAA